GACUCGGGUGGGUAUCCGAAUACAACCGACGGAACACAUUCUACGUACUCGACACACAAUUCCAUCCCUGUCGUCGUUUCUCAACUUUGCGUAUCAGAAGACUUCAUUUUCUUCUGCAUUUCUCCGUUAAAGAAAAAGCAAGAACAAAAUUAAAUUUACUAUUUUGAAAUCUGGGCAUGUUCCACGAGCCUAUCUUACAGGACUAAAGAGUGAGUGAUGGAGGAAUUGGCAGGGGCGUUUGGCACCAGCGCCAGCUUGGCUCUUCGUUUGGGUCAAACCGUUUUCUCUUCUUCUUCCCUUCUCUUCAUGUGUUUGGACGUUGGUUUCUACUCUUACACUGCUUUCUGCUAUUUGGUAACAGUCAUGGGUUUGGUAAUUCCAUGGAACAUAACAUUGUUGGUGGUGGAUGCUUACUCUGUCUUCAUACAGUAUUUACCGAUUCAACGAAGGCUCAUAAUGAUAAUCUUUUUUGGAGACAUGAUUUUGUCAUAUCUGUCACUAGCUGCAGCAUGUUCUACAGCCAGUAUCGCAGAUCUUCUGCUAGAAGCUGGAGGAUCACAUUGCCCACCAAAGUUAUGUGGUAGAUAUCAAUUGUCUGCUGCUAUGGCCUUCUUGUCUUGGUUUCUUUCAUUUGUUUCCUUUCUUUUCAAUUUUUGGCUAUUCUCUUCCCUGUAAAAUAUUUUGCUCCCUGUUGAUGUGUAGAUAAAUGAAAAGGGUGCAAAUGACAAAGUCAUUUGCUCUUGGGCAUGCAUAUUUUUUGUUCUCUUGAAAAUAAAAUUUUCAUGACUACUGUGAUUAGUCAAUACUCAACAAUGUAAUAGUUGCUCUUUCAAUGCAAGGGAAAUAUGGAAGGUUUAUUUCUUGGCUCUCAA